AUGUCUACUGCUAUUCCUCCAGGUGGUCAGCGUACUCUACAAAAGAGAAGACAAGCUCAAUCCAUCAAGGAAAAACAAUUGAAACAAACACCAACUUCCACCAGAGCUGCAGGUUACGGUGGGUCUUCUGCCAACAUCUUGAAGAUUUUCACUGAUGAAGCUGACGGAUUAAGUGUAGAUCCCUUAGUCGUUAUGUUCUUAGCUGUAGCUUUCAUCUUUUCUGUUAUCGCUUUACAUGUCGUCGUCAAAGUCACUGGUAAAGUCUUUUAA